GAUUAUCGUCAAUAUUUUUUUUUAGGAAAAGCUCAUCAAUAUGUUUGACUUUUGCUUGGCUUAAAAUACUCGCAUCCAGGCCAUAAUAGUUUUAUAAAAAUUGACUUUUGUUUACCGCAAUUACGAUACGAGAUUAAUUUUUAGUUUAUUUAAUUAAAACAUUGACGAAAAGAUAACGCGUUAUCUACGCAAGAGGAGAUAGGUCUUUUUGACAUUUAUCGUUUAUCUGUUAUACAAAUAAUACUCCGUUCUGCUCUUGCUCUAAUAUAAUUUCGUGAAAUAUCUUUCUUUUUUAUCACCGUAAUUAUAUCAUAUCUUUUAUUCUCUAAAAUUGCUCAACAAGUGUAAAUUCGUAAACUAAGAUGCUGAUAACAAGGCUGAACAAUUUGCGGCGGUUAUGCAAAGUGCCCUGGCGCGGGCUGGCGUCGGCUCCAGAAGGGCCGGUAGUGUUCGAGAAGCUAACAGGCGAGGAUAAAGGUAUCGCGGUAUAUGGACUGAACGCCGGCUCCACGCGCAAUGCACUCAGCCACGACAUGGUGGGCGCUAUGCGCGAAGUCAACCAGCUGUUGCGGGAGGAUACUAAGAUUUCUGUUGUUAUACUGUACAGCUUGGUGCCGGGGAUAUUCUGCGCUGGUGCAAAUUUGAAAGAAAGGUUUAAGAUGUCUGAUGAUGAGGUGGCCAGAUUUGUUCGAAGAUUAAGAGAGACAUUCAUCGAAAUUGAGGACCUUCCAAUGCCAACUAUAGCGGCCAUUGAAGGAGUGGCUGUCGGAGGAGGCUUAGAGUUGGCACUAGCUUGUGACAUCCGUGUGGCUGCAGAGACGGCAAAGUUGGGGUUGGUGGAGACAGGCCGGGGACUGAUUCCUGGGGCUGGAGGCACGCAGAGAUUGCCCAGGGUCAUCCACCCUAAUAUAGCUAAGGAGCUUAUCUAUACUUCCAGAAUUAUCAGUGGUACUGAAGCUAAAGCUUUGGGCAUCGUGAACCAUGUCGUGCCACAGAACAGCAAUAAGAACGCAGCUUACGAGAAGUCCUUAGAGCUGGCGCGGGAGAUAAUCCCUAACGCUCCGAUAGCCCUCCGCUGCGCCAAGCAAGCCAUCAACGAGGGUGUGCAGGGCAGCAUCAAAGAAGGAUAUGAGGUGGAACAGAAGUUCUACGAGCAGAACAUUCCUAUGAAGGAUCGGAUUGAGGGCAUGGUGUCGUUCAUUGAGAAGAGGAAACCUGUGUACAAGGGACACUAAAAUCUAUACCUCUGCACGACGCUCUGGUUUGCGAGUGGGACGUACGUAGCGUUGUCCUGCUUGCACACCAAUCCACAUGUGUCAUAACUAAUUAACUAUAGUUGUACCGUUCUAAAGAAUGUUUUCAAUUCAUGGGAAAUAUUCUCGAGCGAGAACAUUUCCCAUGCAAAAGGGAAAAUAUUCUCAGAAUGGCACAUCUCUAUUCCUAACCGAGUAAGCGCCAAUUACAUCCACACUUCCCGAUGACGGGCCCGAAAUCAGUACCGAUUUCGGGCCUGAUAAUCGUUUUCCGUUUCACGGAGUAUCAGCACAUCGUUAACAAUAUUUAAAAUGUAAAAUAUACUUUGUUUGUAAUUGCCAUAAAUGUUCAAUGCUUGACAUUUUUGCAUAUGAACCAUUUUUUUUACAUUUAAAAGAUUGUAAACGAUAUGCUGAUAUUUGAUGAAACGGAAAAAUAUUCUUUUUCGGGCCUGAUAAAGUGUGGAUGUAAUUGGCACUUGAGUACUACAUGGUACAGUACAAUAUAAUAUGUGACCACGGCCGGCAAAACGUCCCACUUUAUUUUAUUUUAUUAGUGAAAAACUCUUGCGAGCUUACAGGUGACCCCAAAACGCUUAAAAGAUAAUAUUACCAAACAAACAAUGUCCAUGUAAAUAAAUUAAUUAUCACCAGAGCCCGUAAAUUUCAUGCCGUUGACAGAAAAAUGACGUCAUUUUUCUGUCAACGCUACAUAGAGUAUGAUUCCAAUUAGUAUUUUCGUAAUAAUUAAUCAUUUGUCAACCUCUUUAGGUAACUGAUACAUAUACUUGACAAUCAGUAUAGAAACGUCUAACUGACUUUCAUUUUAUUGUCACACAAAUAAAUAAUAGAUUAUUAAUUUAUGAAAUAAUACAUAUUUUUGGUUUUUAACAGCGUAACAAGCUUUUAUUCACGUAACAAGUAUUUAUUAUGAUACCCAUCAAUAAGUAAGUUAUCUAAAUUUGUAGUAACUCCCUGUAUGUUAAAUUACGUCAUUUUUGCGUCAACGGCCUGAAAAGUACGGGCCCUGAUUAUCACAAUUACACAUAAGGACGGGAUUUGCUUGUAUCUUUAUACGAAUAACCUGACAAGGCGUCUUUAUGGCAAGCGACAAAGUGGGACGUUUUGCUUGCCGCAGAUAUUUAGGCGGAUCACACUGCGGAUGCGAUUCGCACGUCGCUGCGAUGUGCGAGCGGGAUGUUGCUAUAAUACGCGCAUAGCGUUGUCUCGCUCAAACGUCGGAGCGACAUGCGAUUCGCAUCCAGUGUGAUGUCCGCCUUAGAAUCUACUGUAGUCAUAAGACUUAUUCAACCAUAUACCAUUGUAAUUGAUGAUAGUGUUAGUCCACAUCUGAGAAUAUUAGGUAUCAAUGUAUAUCAGGGAUGUCACGAAUGUCGCAUUCUUCACAUUCGCGAAUGCGUUUCCGAAUAGCUAGGUCCACACAGAGCAAGCAUAGGCGGCGCGCGCGUUUUGCUCGCCCGAGUUUUGUGCGCGAGGAACUUGCCUCGCGCGUAUGUUCGCUCUGUGUGGACCCGCCUAAUGUCCAAUGCGAAUGUUAGUGAAUAUGUAGUUGUUAUUAUCAUUCCUAAUUAGAAAAAAAAUCUGUUAGUACAUAAAACAUACGUUACCUUAGAAUGGGAUGUUAUAAAGUGUUGAAAAAUGCUGUCUACUGGUCAAAAUGCAUUACUUUUCCCAGCGAGUCGACGAGACAGGACACGACACGACCUGCGCACAUUCGCUUCAUUUGAUGCGAAUGUUUAAAAUGAUGCGAAAUAGUCGUAUAUAUGAAUGCGAAUAUUCGUGACACCCCUAAUGUAUUUAUAGAAUAGGGUCCACACAGAGCGCGGAAAACGCGAGCGCCGCCUCGGCUGAGGCACGUACACUGGCCGUUAUGUGCGCGAGGAGAUUGCCUCGCGCGUAUGCUCGCUCUGUGUGGACCCGCCUAUAACGGCUGCAUAAUUAGCUGACUUUUAGUUAAUUUUAUUGUAUUGACAUACUGUUUAAAUUUGUUACUCGUAAUAAUGGACCAUGCACUCUGGGAUCAAUCAAAAAUCAAGAUAUUAAAUAUCAUAAAUUAACAGUGUGCUUUAGAAGCAUUAUAAGUAUUUGUAUGGUGUGGUUAAUAGCCGGGUGCACACAGAGCGAGCAUACGGGCGAAGCAAUUUCCUCACACACAACGCACAAUACGAGAACACGGCCGAGGCAAGUCUACACUGGCCGUAUUGUGCGUGAGGAAAUUGCCUCGCGUGUAUGCUCGCUCUGUGUGGACCCGGCUAAUAAGAAAUAAUGCGAUUCCACUAUUUUUAAGAAUAAUAAUUGUUAAGUACAUUGUUAUAUAUAUUGAAUGUUAUCUGGCUGUAUUUGUGCAAUAUUAUGCAUUUAGAAUUUUUAUUCCAUGUAUUUUGUAACGAUUUACAUUGUUAUUGCAAAAGAAAGACAACUAAAUAAAUAUAUUGUUAAUAUGUUUGAA